UACAUCAUAAAUCGUGAAGCACAGCGUUAUAACGACCAAGAUCUACAAAUCAAGCCCUCUAAAACAACCUAAAUGAGCUCUUACUUUGUAAACUCGUUCUCAGGGCGCUACCCAAAUGGCCCCGACUAUCAGUUACUAAAUUAUGGAACUAGCAGCAGCGCUAUGAACGCUUCGUACAGGGACUCCGGCACCAUGCAUUCAGGCUCUUACGGCUACAACUACAAUGGGAUGGACCUAAGCGUCAAUCGUUCAACCGCUACGGGCCACUUUGGGGCUGUUGGGGAUAACUCCCGGGGCUUCCAGUCCCCGGCUCCGGAGACGCGGUUUCGGCAGCCAUCAAGCUGUUCGCUCGCGUCUCCGGAGCCCCUGCCCUGCUCCAACAGCGAGAGCCUGGGAUCCAAAAGCUCUUCCUCCCCCUCCGACCAGAGCGCCUCAACAGCGGGCAGUAACCUCACCAACAGCACACAUUUUACAGAAAUCGACGAGGCCAGUGUUUCUUCCGAGACCGAGGAAGGCACCCACAGAUCAAGCAACCCCGCUCCCCGGACGCAGCAAAAGCAGGAGUCCACCGCCACAUCCACCACGUCGGCGUCGACCGAUGGCCAAACGCCACAGAUAUUCCCCUGGAUGCGGAAACUGCAUAUAAGCCAUGAUAUGACGGGACCAGACGGCAAAAGGGCCCGAACCGCAUACACCCGCUAUCAGACGCUAGAGCUGGAAAAAGAGUUCCAUUUCAAUAGGUACCUCACCCGGAGGAGGAGGAUAGAGAUAGCCCAUGCGCUGUGUCUCUCAGAACGGCAAAUUAAGAUCUGGUUCCAGAAUCGAAGGAUGAAAUGGAAAAAGGACAAUAAGCUGAAGAGUAUGAGUUUGGCUACUGCAGGUAGCGCGUUCCAGCCGUAGUAGUCGUGCAAAUCAUUCUGUGUUGGUGGAAAGGAUAUCAUAAUAAAUGAAACACACAAAAAAUAGGUUUCAAGACACAGUUACAGAGUCCAGUUCAAUGCGGCACCUUUCGGCAUGUUGUUGAUGUUUUAGGCAACUUAAAAUUCUACUGUGGUACUGCUAUAAUUAAUGAAAAAAAAAACUUAGUGUUCAUAUGUUGUUGUUUUUUAAUACUAUGGUGACUAUUAUUUCGAGAGGAAAAAAAAGAAAAGAAAAAAAAUAUAUCCAAUGCCGCCUGAUGUUCUUGUUAUAAAUAUUGUUUAUGUGUCAAUGGCUAUGUUAAUGCUCUCUCGAAAGUUAGCAUGCAGCUCUUAAAUGUUAUAACUUAUUUACGAUCUAUAACAAGUGUAUACUUUGAGUUUACAACUUAGAAUUGCCUUUCCCCCUAUAUGAAGUGAAGCUGUAGUAUAGUGGUAACUGCAUUGCUUUUGCAGAACCAUCCGUGUGUUUCAUGCUCCUCUUCAUGCUUAACUACUAUUUGUCUGCAUAAGUUCCAUUAGGUUUUCGUCAUGUGUUCAAAUCCACCAAUAUUUUUUGAGUAAAAAGGGGAAACCUGUAUAUAGACCUCGCUGUUUCAGUUCAUACAUGUGUAUAGUUAUAUUCAACAAAUGUAAUUGUAUAUUAUUGGAUCAUGGUUAUGUUCCAAGCAGGAUGUACAUAUUAGACAUUUUUAAUGUGACCAAUUAGCUCUUCGUAGUAGGCAGAAUGGAUGACAAGCGUGUGAAAGCUGAAAUAAAUGGCAAUUAUCAUGUCAGACUGCCUGUACGCAUUUUGCCAAUACGCUUUUUGUAUUUGUUUGUAGCUUAAAUUGGAGUAAAAAAUAAAGUUCCUCAUAU